AUGCAAUCAGGAAAAAAUUAUUAUAUUAAUGUCUUUUCAUCUUCUUUAGAGGAAUUCUUUAAUAACAAUUACUGGGAUUUUGAAGAAGAUAUAUCAUCAAUAAGUAAUAAUAAUUUGAUAAUGUCUGGUGCAAUGCAUAUACCUGAUCAUAUUUCUGGAACAGGUCAUGCAAAAUUACUGGAACCAAAUUUCCAACAAUUUGAAUAUAGUAGUAAAGGUGUUACCAGUAGUAUGAUGAAAGUACCAGAAAAGAUUAUUUUUGGUAAAGAUGGUGCUUUGUAUGGAUUUUCUGAACCUCCUAUUGACGGUAUUUCUUAUGAUGAGUAUGAAUAUGAGACUAAUAGGAUUAACCUUCAAGAGUUACCAUCAAAAUUAACAGCCAAUGAGUAUGUUGAGGGAGAUUUAAAUGAAACUACAUUUGAGAAUCGUUCUAUAACAUCUAUAGCUAUUGAAGAAAAUGCUAUAAAAGAAUUAAAAAUGUUGAAACGACAAUUAGCUAGACUAGCUGUACGUGUUUACGAAAUAGAAGACGAAUUAGAAAAAAGGAAAUCUCGAGAUUGGCAUAGUUAUGCUAUGUCUUUUGUUGGUAUUGCUGCUUUAAUAGCUUCAUUAAUGAUGUUGUCAAAUAAGAAUAGUAGGAUUUUUUAG